AUGCAGCUGCGACGGCGACGGCAGGAGCGGAGCGGCCGCUGCGCAGCGCCUAGAGCGAGCCCCCCUCGGACGGGCCCGCGCGGGCACGGGACAGGCAGCCACGGGAGGAGAGAUUUGAGUUCACUGGAUCAGAGAGCUGAGGGUGUGAAAACGAGGAGAACCUGCAUAAGAGUAAUUUCUCCAGACCUUUUCCCCACCAUGUCUGAUGAAGAUAUUGGCACCACUUUAGCGUAUACCAAGAGCCCCAAGGUCUCCAGAAGAACCACUUUUCAGGAUAAUCUAUACCAGUUUGCUGAGAAUGUCAGUAUUUCUGCACUGGAUGAUCAUUAUAAACCAUCACCUCAACCAAGAAGUGUCUUAAGAAAGAGCAGCCAUGUAGAAGACAAAGAUGUUGCCAAGGCAGAAGAUAAGGCUUCUUCUAGUUACAGAUUAUCUUCAUUUUCUGCACCAUCCUCCCUGACUAGGCUGAGUGACAAAAUAACAACAUCUGAGAAAAGGGCACUUGCUGAAAGCCCUAGUCCUGAGGGUCCAUGGCUAACAAGCUCUCCACCACCGUUCCCUAUUCAUUUUCAUUCAGCUGAUGAAACAUCUGGAGACUCCAAUUUGUUAAUGUGUGGCGAAGGCUCUCCUUCAAAAGCCCAGGAUCAAACAGUAGAUGAUGACUGCAGGGAUUUGAAAUUGGAGAAUAAUGGCAGAAAAUCGCCAUCUGUGAUAGAACUAAUGAUGACUACAGUGUAUGAGAAAACUAAGAAACUACAGAAAUCAACUGAUGACCAGCUUGAAGAAAAUUUGCAAACAUUGGAAGAGAAAUUCAUUGCUGAUGGCAUAAAGGAAAUGUCACUGAAUGAUAAAUCUGAAGACAUGGCGGAAAUGAGCACUUCAGAGGACUCGGACAAGAAAGAAUUUGAAUAUAAGGAGACACUUUCACAAAAAGUGAGACCUUCUUCAUCAAGCAGGUCUCUGUCCUCUACAUACUUGAAGAAAGCUGGGAAAACCAUCCCUUCAUCUACAACUACAUCUUCUCAAUACUUGGGAACAUUAAAGGUCUUGGACAAUAAACACUUACAAAAAUACAGUGCUGAGCUUGACAAAGCAGAUAGUCUACGAGCAGCUGUUUAUCAGGAUUGGUUGGAAAAGAAAAGAGUCUUUCUACUGGAACUGCAGAGAAUUAAAAGGAACAAAGCAGAAAAUUUAAAGAAUGCAAAUGAAAAGAAAGAAGCUACUAAGAAAGAAGAAGCAAUUGCAUCUUUUGAAGCCUGGAAGGCAAUGAAAGAAAGAGAAGCAAAAAAGAAACUAGCUGAAAAAAAGAAGCUUGAGGAGUUGAAGAAACGGAGAGCAGCAGAACAGAAUGAAGAGAAAAAAGAAGAAGCUCAAAAGGCAGCAUUUGAAAAAUGGAAAGAAAAGAAAGCAGAAUAUCUAAGAGAACAAAGUAGAAAGGAAAAACGAGCUGAAAGAAUCAAGAAGAAGAAAGAAGAGGAAGCUAUUGCAGAAAAGAAACGAGACAGCAUGUCUGCUGUUGAUAAAUGGAAUGAGAAAAAGGAAGAAUUUGUAAAACAAAAGAAGACAGAAAAAAUCCAAGAGAAAAGACAGCAAGAAAUAGAACAGGUUGAAAGGGAAGAAAAAGAUAAAAGGGCUCUGGAGGAAUAUGAAAGAUGGCUGGAAAAGAAAGAGAGGAGAGACCAGAUUGAGAAAAAACAAAAGAAGCUCCAGGUUAUCCUUGAGGAUGAAACCCCUCCUCCAUGGAGCCCACCUGGCAAAGCUGUGUCCUCAAGGAACUACUGAGAUGUCCAUUGUCCUUUGUGAGGAAAAUUCAUGUCCAAAGUUCUGACAUUGUCUAAUCAUCAGUAUUUCACAACUGACUUUAAAGUGAAUUGAUACUGGCUCUUGCAUCCUUUCUUUUGUAGGGUGAUAAUUUUUAGACUCCUCAGUUGGAACAACUGGGUGUAUGUGCUAAAUAGCUCAAUUGUUCUUUUCCAUUACAUUUCACCAAAAGAUUAAUUUGUGUAAUUUUUUUGCAUUUAAUUUCUUGCUUAAACUUUGUCAGUUGGCCCCUUUUGGUGAAAAUUCAUGUUCAGGACAUGCAGGGCCAGACUCUAAAACACCCUUCUUCAUAUGAGUAGCACUUUACCCCACAAGUGGUGCCAUUGAAGUCAGUGGGCCUGCCUGUGGAUUCAGCCUGAGUAAGGAUGGCAGAAUCUGGCCCAAAAUGAGUGGUCAAGCAAAUGCUAGGUAUGUUCCCAUACGAAGUGCAGGGUGAAGUAGAAGAAAAUAUUUUAAACCAUCAUUCAAACAUAGCUUCAGAGCCAAAUUAUUUACAAACUGGUAAACAAUCCCUGAAGAUUGGCAGGGGGAAUAAAUGCACUAAGCAAAAGGGAAAAAAAAAAA